AAGAAGUUCUCAAUUCCGAUAUGCGGAGAAGAGUUUGUGAAAAAGUCAAUAGGAAAAAAAUGGAGGGACUAUAAAUGCGACUUGAAGGCUAUGUAUGUGACCAAAUAUAAGACCAAAGAUGCCUUGAUGAAAAAUAGACCAGCUCACAUACCAAGAGAUCAAUGGAAUGGUCUCGUCUCGUAGUGGCUUUCUAAAAAAGCAAAGUCAAACAAAUAGAAUCAAUAGAGCUAACCAAAAAAUGGCUCACACGGGUGGAUCCAAAAGCAUAGCAACCUUGAUGAAUGAACAGGCUAUAGAUGGAAUAGAGCCCACACGUGCAAAAAUCUACAUAUUAACUCAUACAGAGCGUAGAGAUGGUAGACCAUUGGAUGAGGAGUCUUCAAAUGCCAUUGACAUGAUGAAAGAGAAGUUGAGUAAUGAUGAGAUACAUGAGGAACAAUCUCAUGAUAGUGUUGCUUGGGAAGGCGAUGUGUAUUCACAAGUGUUGGGAAAAGAAAAAAGUGGUUAUGUCCGUGGUUUAGGACUUGGUCCAACCCCUUCUCUGUUAUGGGGCAGUAAAUCUUUCUUACGAAAUGUUUCUGUUGAUGGUUUGUGUAAUGAGGCUGCAAAAAAGUUAGAACAAGAGAUAAAUGAGUUGAAGGAGUUGAACAAAAAGCAGGAUGAAGAAAUGGUUUUGAUGAGAAAAAAUCAAGAGAUGCUAGUUUCAGAAUUAUCAUGGAUGAGAAAAGUCAUGUGGAAAUAUGCUCCUACUGAAUUAAGCAGGCCUCAAAACAAUGGAAGUACUACUAGACAGGUUUCUGAUGCCAAUAGUGGCAAUGAACAAGCAAUAUAAGCACUGCUCAAGUCGUCAAGUGUCAACAAGUUCUUUCUUCUCACAGGCGAGAUAUUCAUUCAAAUGGUGAGCUUGUUCAAGGAAUGGCAUUGAUCCAGAAAGCUGACACAUUUUGCAUUAGGAAAAAAAAUAGUGAAUUGCCUUGUUUUCUUCAAUGUUGAACACAUUUUUUCUAUUGUGAUGAUUCAUACUUUGUAUUGUGAAUGUAUUAAGAUUGUUUGUUCUUAUUUUAAAUGAAUGACAUUGUUUUGAGUUUG